GGGAUAUUUCAGACACCAGUUAACCUCCUGGCCACAGAGCGUUUGGAACAAGAAGUUGCAGCCUGACAGCACUACUGGCUACAGAAGCAUCACAGAUGAGCCACCUCAGUUACACAGCAAGUUCAGAGGAAUAACCCAGAGUAUAGAAGGAACUCAGGAUUUGGGCAUUUUGAAACAGAACUGGAACAGUAAGAACGCUACAGCCACAGUGACUGACGUGGACAUGGUGGAGAAAGUACAGCGCCCUCAGGUGUCCAGCCUGGUGCACAGCAGGGAAGAGACUCCCAGUGGUUCUGAACAGGACUCCCUUGCAUUAGGAAAAGGAAAGGCUGAGGGAGGGAAGACUGGAGGAAGUAAUGGCAACACCACUGGAGGGCGUCCAGCUGCUGCCAAUGCUGCCCGAGAAAGGAACAGAGUACAAACUUUGCGCCAUGCUUUUUUGGAACUUCAGAGGACACUGCCAUCUGUGCCUCCAGAUACAAAGCUCUCCAAGCUGGAUGUGCUUAUACUGGCCACAACCUACAUUGCCCAUCUUACCCGCAGCCUGCAGGAGGAGGAUGAGAGCAGCUCUGCUAACCACCCAACUACUGCACCUAACAACAGUGCAUCCCAUAGCCCAGAGCUCCUGGGGACUCUGCACAGUGGAGAGGGAUACCUGCAUCCUGUCAAGAAAUGGCCCAUGCGUUCCAGGCUGUACAUUGGAGCCACAGGACAGUUCCUGCACCAGGCGACUUCUGCUGAAAGCCAAGAGCCGGAUGAGAAUGCGCCUUGAAUGGGAAGCCCCAUCUGCACUACAAGAAUCCUCCUCCCAUAGCAGACUGACUUAUAUAUAUAUAUUUAUAUGGACGUGAAAGAAUUGCAUAUUCUCGAUGAGAAGCUUGGGACUUUAUCUUUAAUUCUAUGUCUGCAUGUGACUGUGUCUGCUUGUUAUCCCACCCACAGAUCACACGUGAGAACUAUAACUCCCAGCAAGGCGCCAGGUUCUUAGCUGCUGUAGUAUGCUCUGCAUUGUACAACUAGAAACAGCAAAUAUUCACCUAAAGUAUUAUUUAUUUUGAAAGAGUAACUAAAGGGUGAGGCAGAAUUAAAUAUUUAAAUAAAUUAACUAUUCAGUAUGCACUUCCCAACAGAUUUUGCCAGUAUUUUUUUCAGCAAUCCCUGUGCUGUUUGCAGAACCUAGUAACUCUUCUUACCAUGGAAGGUUUUCAUUAUAUUUCUGAGCUGAUUUGAGCACUUCCUGUACAAUGUAUUGUAGUCUAUUGACUAUAGUCUAUUAAAGGGGAACUUCAGCUUUCAAACCAAAAUUUGUUAAAGAGACAGACACAACACAGA